GCACUGAUGAAAGUAUUGCAGUAUUUAUAUUUGUAUGAUGAGCUGGAAAUAAUGAAAGUGAAAGAGAAACUCAAACACUGACACCUCACACACAAACACACACCUGUUAUAAAGGUGUGUGUUUGUGUUCAUGCCGCAGAUUUCAUCCCACACUCUCGGGACAGCAAAGACUGAACAUCUGCUGCUUGGACCUUACAGGCCUGAUGUGAUUUGCUGCUAUAUGAAUAAAACUGAAUUUGCUGCGACAGUAAAAUUACAUCACAGUUACAUCCAGGCAGAAACUGACAGAGAAUUCCACCCAAAUACUUCGUCAGUAAGAUGGACGACAAAAUAAAAAAAGAUCUCCAACAACUGCUCGACAAAUUAUGGUCUGAGCCAGAUCUCAAGGUCACCAUGAAGAACUCAGUGAAAGGAGGAAUUAAGACUGGAGGAUGUGCGGUUGUUGGUGGGCUGGUUGGUGGACCUCCGGGGUUCGCUGUGGGUGCAGCCAUCGGAGGCAUCUACAGCUGGAAGACCAGUGACGAUUUCAAGCCUCUGCCUCAGAUCCUGCGGGAGAUGCCUCCUGCUCAAUUGGACGAGCUCAUUAAAUCAGUCAUGGUUAUUUUAGGCCAUCUGAAAUGGGAAACUGUAGAGGGGCUCAUUGAUUAUGUGAUGAAAGACAUUCCUCUCAAGAAAGCAAUCACUGAUGAGUUAAAGCACAGGGUGAAAACUUUAAACUGAGAACAGGUGUGCUGUGAGUUCUGGCUCUCUGCACUUUUCAUGACAGUCAGGUCUCUUUGAAUAAACAUGUUUCAUGUUGAACCCUGAAACAUACAGAGGAGAGAAAAUCUCUUUCUUCAUCUUUUUCAAAUAAAACAAACUGAUGAA